ACAUGAACUACAAAAGCUAUCACAUGACGCGAAUCAUUAUAAACUGGGCCGAACGCCGGGCGUUUGCCAUUCUGUCAACGCGUCGGUGAUGAGUGCAUAUUCAGUUGAUUUCGUCUGUUGAAAAAAAAAAACUGAUUUCUUUUUGUUGGCAAACAUGAUGGGAUAUCGGUCCACCGUUGCUGUUUUGUUAGUUGUCUUUGCGACCCAAUCGGCUCGUGGGAUGUCAUGCACGUUUCCACCAGAAUUGUGGUGCAGUUCUUCAGAAAUUGCUGAAUCGUGCCAUGUCGUUAAGCAAUGUUCAGAAUGGCAAUCUCCAGUCAAAGAUGCCCCAAAGGUUAACUUCACCCUGUACUAUGAGUCGUAUUGCCCAGACUGCCAGUUGUUCAUCAGUGGCCAACUCCAUGAUGCAUACAUGGCUGUCAGUGAAAUCAUGAACCUGACCAUGGUUCCGUAUGGAAAUGCAGAGGAGAAAAGGGAGGGCUCUAAAUAUGUCUUUCAGUGCCAGCAUGGGCAGGAGGAAUGCCGUGGCAAUGUAUUGGAGACAUGCAUCCUGCACUUUGCCCCCUUCCAAACUGCGUUCCAGACAAUUUAUUGCAUGGAGGUUUCGCGGGACCCUGUUACCUAUGCAAGGGAAUGUAUGGAGAAGAUGAAGGUGAAUCCAGAGCAGGUGUUUGCAUGUGCUAAUGGCUCCCUAGGGAAUGCAUUGGAGCAUCAGAUGGCCCUCAAGACAGAUGCACUGAAGCCCCCUCAUCAGUAUGUGCCGUGGGUCACACUCAAUGGAGUGCACACAGAGAAAAUUCAAAACGAAGCAGAAAUGAACCUGAAGAAGUUGAUCUGUGACACAUACCAAGGAGCUAAGAAACCACCAGCCUGCUCCCAGGACAAGCCCAAACUCAGAUCUCGCAUGAGGGAGUAGAAAACUUCUAGCCAUGGGAGUUGCUGGAGAGGGGAAAAGGGGACCACUUGAAAAAAAAUAAAGAAAAAUAAGAAAGGAAAAAAAAUAGAAAUUAAAAAAGAUUUCCAAAACCCUAAAAUUGACCCCUUUCUAGUGUUGCGUUUUAGCAUUUCGUUGCGAAUGAGUGCUUUGCCCCCCCCCCAAAAAAAAAUUCUUACCCCCUGGGAAAAAAGUUUAGCCCCCACCUGGAAAAAUAUUAUGAUGUCCAUACAUUCAUUAAUAGGAUAGUUACUGUUGAAGAAUCUCAGAGAUAUCAAGGCAACCUCUGUUUUUUAAGAUGUUAGACACCAACCAUAUCAUCUGUCCCAACUACACCCAUCUGCCCAACUGUCCUAACUAUAAUUUAGACAUGAUAUGUUUAGAUUCUCCCAUUUUGGACAAUCCCAACUUAUGUGUUGUAGCAGUUGGGCAAACUCAACAACACUACCUCUGGGAUGGUCCUAACUAAUGGUUGGAUUGAUUCCAUGAUUGGGAAUAACAGCAGGCACUGUGAGAGAAGCUUUUUACAUUCCAAUUUGAAAUUGCAGUGGCAAGAAUGGAAUACAUGUAUGUAUUAUGUAAAUGAGUUUUCAACUUUUGUUAUGUGUUUUCAUUUUUCAUGUUUUUCCCCCUAAUCCCCAAUUUAAAACCAAAUGAAAAUUGACAGUUCUGUAAGGAUAUUCCAUACGCAGUUGUUUAUCUAAGCUUUUUAUAAAUUGGAGAGCAGGACAUUCAGUACUGUUGUCACCAUGGAAAUGAGCUUUGAAUAUAACGUUGGGAACAAAUUGACAUUUCUAAUUCUCUUCAUUCAAGGAAAUUAAUUGAGUCUAAUUGAGUUCUUUUCUUUUAUAAACUGAAAACUUUAAUCCUAUACCUUCAGGGAUAUAAUUGAGUCUGAUUGAGUUUUUUUCUUUUGUAAACUGAAUUUUUCAAUCCUGUACAUUCAGGGAAAUAAAUAUCUUGCAUAGUACAUUUUGAUACUUUUUACAGGUGAUUGCAAACUGCCAUUGGAUUUAGCAAUUUUUUGCUGUUAAGCUUUUUUAAAAUCUAAAUAUGAUAACAACUACAGUUAUUUGUAACAUAUUUGUGCUUUGGCCAUUCUUUGUUCCUACAGAUUUCAUAUAUCAGCUUCAAGUUCUUUCAUUUCAUUCCCCAUCCUGCAACCGUAAUUUCGCUAUCUGGUUACAAGGAAUUUUGCCAUAAGUAAAUCUGUAGAUCUCAUUGCACAGUA